UCUAUGGUAGACGUAGUUCCAAAUAAAGAAGCAUGGCGGGCAGUGAAAGAGGGGAGAUUGUUUUAGAAUUCUUGAAUAUACUUCUGUUUUUAAACGUUUUUACCAGCAACACACAAGGAAUUCAAGGAUUUGAUAGCCAUGGACAAGUAUUUAUCCAAACUGACAAUGAACUCAGAUACAUGGUGGACGGUCCACACUUGCCUAACGUACCAGGAGGAGAAUUCCCAGAUAUAAAUAGUUUACAAGAAAGUAGCUUGCCAUCUAGUCCUAUAAGGUUUGAUCCACCCAUGUUAGAUUUUGAUGAACAUGCGGUGGGGAUGCCACACAUGGAAACAGUAACAGUUCACAACCCAGACACAAUAAACAGCUUGCACCUUUUAUCAAUAUCUGGGAGCACACUACAUUUCCAUUGUUCAUUUUUUCAAGAUAAGUUGGUUCCUCCUGGAGGCAACACAACAUUUGAAGUAGUAUUUUUAGCCAGACAAGUAGGAAAUGUAGAAAACACAUUAUAUAUUCAUACAUCCCAGGGCACCUUCAAAUACCAGGUAUUUGGAGUGGGUAUCCCUAACCCCUACAGAUUACGGCCCUUUCUAGGGGCCAGGGUGCCCCUCAAUAGCAGUUUCUCUCCACUUAUACACAUGCACAAUCCUCACAGUACUGCUUUACAGGUGGUCGAAAUGUAUGCCAGCGGGGGAGACCUCCAUCUAGAGUUGCCCACUGGAGAAAAAGAAGCUCCUAAAAAUUUAUGGGAGAUUCCUCCCUACGAAACUAAACCAGUGAUGCGGGCCAGCUUUGUAGGGAGGAACGAGAACAACCAUACAGCAUUUAUCCGCAUCAAGACGAGUAAGGACGAGAAGAAGCAGAUGUUAGUCCUACCAGUGGAAGUGGAGGUCUCCUCAGCACCAGGACUUUAUUGUCCCUAUGAACUGUUAGAUUUUGGCAUUUUAAGGACGCAUGACAGUCCCAGAAGUUUGAGAUUAAAUUUAGUCAACUCAGGAACAAAGGCAGUUCAUAUUCAAAGUGUCUCAUUAUUUCCACCGAAUGACGCAGUCAGCAUAGAUUUCCGACCAAUCAAAAUUCAGCCUGAUGUUUUACAGCCAACAACAGUAGCCACCAUUACAUAUACAGCAUCAAAAGGUCUCAACCCAAAACAGUAUUCUGGUCGUAUCCUGGUUAAAUCCAAGAACAACCAUCAUCGUUUAUAUAUACCCUAUGAGGCAGAAGUUCUACAUGGGUCUUUGGUUUAUGAGCUGGCGAGUACGGAAUUUUAUGUAGGCAGCAAGAAAUCACCACCAAAGAAUGUCACUGUGUCUUUACCAUUGACAAAUACCUUCAACUUUACACUGGUUAUAUACAAUGUCACAUUACCACCUAAUAUUAGGGAAUACUUUACAGUACUGAAUUUUACCCAUCCAAUGCUAGUCCCACCCCGGGAGACAGUAGUACCAUUUCAGUUGAAGUUUCACCCCAAUUCUUCUGACCUGCACUUCACCGGUCCUGUCAGAGUUUACACCAACGCCUCCGUAUUCUUCAUACCAUUGAGGGUUUACAAUGGGAAACUAAAGGUAAUACAUCACAGACCGGAGGUGUUCAAAGGGCAGCUGGACUUUGGUGUGAUGGGUGUGGGAGACAGGCGGAAGUUAACUUUCACGCUGCGCAAUGAUAACCCCAUAGAUGUCACUAUAUAUGAGUUUAGUUCCAAUAUGCUUAGAACUACAGUGGAAUUACUAGGGGUCGAAAAAGGCAAUGGAACAGCACUUACACGAGAACACAAUGUAUCAGAGAUAGACACAAGCCCACUUGUGCUAAAACCAUACCAUUUUGCAGUAUUCCGCGUCAACCUGCAUGCUCCAGAUGAAGAAGGCAGUUACGCUGCCGAGGUGCUAAUUUAUACAAAUUUUGAGACCCAGUAUAUUCCUCUCACACUGAUGACUGUGGAGGGAGGCCUGAUGGCAGUGCCAGAGGUUCUCAUGUUUGAAAAUGCCUUCCCAGGUAAAGUGCUGUCUCAAGAUUUCAGAAUUAACAGUACAUUUGAUGGGGUCAUAGAAGCAGGGGAGGUGAUCUUUAUUCCUGAAGACAGCAGGUUUCACUAUGAAAGAGCCAAUGUGAAACCUCUCUGGAUUUACUACCAUGAUCAUAAUAUUAUAGGGAAGCUGUCAUUUGAUGUGCGGCAAGGCUGUGAAGAGGACUGUUAUGUAGGCCUGCCAACACACACCCCCGCCGGUCAUCAGUGGCUACUGGGUCUCACACUAGACAGAGAGGUGACCGACACUGACCAAUACUUAUACACAAAGCUACAGCAGAAGUGGGAAAAUGUGGGAUCCAUAGAGAAAAAUCCGUUCAACGUCACAAUUCAACUGAACACUGAUUACGUGAGGGGCUUCCUUUUCCCGGCACAGGUCCAGUUCAGCUGGCCUACGCUUAUUGAAGACAACUUUGAGUCUGAUUAUGACAGAGUUUUAAGGUUUCCUCUCACACAAGUAGGAAAUAAGUCUGAUAUAUUUUUCAUGGUUGUGAACCCCUCUGAUGUCCCUGUGAUCAUCCAAGUCCUGCCUUUAUCUCUUUACCCAAACCCUCAAGUGCUGCUAGACAUGCUCAGCUCCACGUUUUCAGAUCAUUUAUCAGACUAUGUUGAAACAGAUGACCAAGACAUUUUCACUCUAGAAAAUUUAGAAUUAUACGAUAAAAGACCAGAUAACGCUGUGCCAGAAAUGCGCCAGUGGGUCACCGAUUAUUUUGGCGUCAAACCCCACAAACAUACCAUAGCAACCAUAUUGAAUGGGAGAGGCGGAGUGCGGUGUUUAGCGGGAUUUUCCCCAAAGGAUGACUCCAUCAGAUCAACCCUCAUAGUCAUAAGAAACAAUCUUACCAUCAUAGAUGCAAUAGUAGUAGAAGGCAGAGGAAGCUAUGGCCAGUUAAAAUUCAGCGGUAGAAAACCAGGAUCUCCAAACCCUCUCUCUUUUGAAAUGACCGAAAAAGUGUUGUCAGGCUGUGAGAAACCUUGGAAACCAAGUCGCACUAUACCCCCCAGUUUUACCGUGAAGAGAACCUUUACCACCAGGAACUCCGGGGAGCUGCCAGUCUACGUCCAUGGCUUCAGUAUCAAUGAUGAACCAUGUCAGGGCUAUGGGUUCAAGGUGUUAAACUGUGAGGGGUUUGAACUGAAACCCAAUCAGACCAAAAAGAUAGACAUAGCAUUCAGUCCAGAUUUUACCAUGUCAAGAGUUAGAAGACUUUUAAAAAUCCACUCCAGUCUUGGAGACACUAUCAACUUCACUCUUCAGGCCACGAUACCGGCCAGUAUGUUGACUAAAUGUUCCGCAGCACUCCCGCGCCCUUCAUGGGAGCCCAUCAUUUAUUACUCCACAGUCUGUCUAAUGGGUUUUCUCACUUUCUGCAUCUUUGUGGCAUCUUAUUUUGAAGCAGAUCGCAUCUUCACCACAGACCUUUUACGCCGGCAGAAAGCUGUCAACGCUUCUUCACAAUUACAUGACAAGUCCAAGAUAUUUGAUCUGAAAAAUAUUGCUGUCCCAAGACAGCAGGAAAAGUCUAUACCUGGACCACAACUUUUGGGUAGUAAGUCCAUUCCAGAGAUGGGUAACGGACACGCUGAUUUGAAAAGGAAAAAAGAUCCUACUCCAUCCAUAAGCAUCAGUAGUAUUUUCUGCAGAAGCACAAGUAGACAAAAUUCCUCAGAACCGCCAGCCAAACAACCUACCUAUGAGAGACAGUCAUCAUCUGGGGAAUGUGGUAAAACUACUACUACUGCAGCCACACAGUCCUCAACCACACAACAACUCAACAACCUUAAACUACACCCAGCAGAGAAGAAUACAAGUUACGCUACAGCAUCAGAAGCCAAUCCUGCGGAAAAAGCACCACAGCAGUCUUCGACUGUGAAUUCUAAAUCGAAGAAAAAAGCAUCCAAGCAAAACGUAAAUGAUAUAUCGACCGUGGAAAAUGGAUACAUUCAUGGUGAGAAAAAACAAGCCAAGUCUGAACCAGUAUCAAAUUCGGCCUCUGUACCAGCUAAUUCAGCUGCGUCACCGCCAUCGGUGACAUCAGCAUCUAAAAAUACCGAACAAGAGCAAAAGGCAAGCAACGAUAAAGAAAAAGUGCAAGCUGAAAAGGUGAAAAAGUUGGUGCCAAGCAGCAGUGGAAACAGUGUGAACCACCUUGACUCAUUUGAAGUACCUGAAGUUCACAUUGUGGCUGAAAAUUUAAACGAAGAAAAUUCGGGAAAAAAGGAAGCAAAACCUCGUCCAAAACGUAAAUCUAAGACUGCCCAACGUCGAGAAGACAAGGAACGGCGCCAGAAGGAGAAGGCAAAGAGAAAGGACAGCAACACUUCCCCCGUGUCUCCCUCUCCUACCUCCAGCCCCGCCACAGUGGAAGACUACAAAGACAAGGAUGACACGUCCUCGACGACCACAGAGUCCUCUGGUGGUGACGCUGAUGACAAGGCCAGCAGUACGCGGGACUCCACGCCAGAGCCUCUGCUGAAGAAGACCAAGAAGAGUAAGAACAAGGGGAAGAAAAAUAAAGAAGUGAUGGCAGAGGAGCAGACUGGGGAGGAUGAUUUUAUCCUGACCAGCAAGUCCAAGGCUCACACACGCAUCAAGGUGGACCCCAAGAAUGCAUUUGGAGGGAAUAUUCAUAGGCCAAGCACAAUUGAACUACCGUACACAACUAAACUUGAGGAGGAAGAACGCGCUGCCAUACGAGAAGAGCCUACAUCUCCCCACGCUCUGGCUGCUGACAUCGCCACCAAGUGUUUGAAGAAGAACAUCAAGGGGACAGACAAGCAGGCCAAACAGGCCAAAGGCUCAAUUAUAGAGUCUCAUCUCACUGGUGGAGACCCAGAUAGUCCGUGGAGCGGGAAAGACUCCCCUCCCCCUCUGUGGGACCAACCAAUACCAAUCCCAUCUACCGGUGACUUGAGUGAGCUGGCAGAGCAGACGGAGAACUUUGCUCUGCGCCAUGGCAAGCAACUCUUGGGUUCCCCAGACCACCUCAGCAGUAGCAGUCGCUCCAGUAGUUACAGCAGUGUCGUCAGCAGCAGCAGUAGCAGUAACAACAAUGACAGUAACCACGCCCGCAAGCAGGCCAUUAAGAAACCCACUCCCUUCAAUCCACUGGCCAAUCCAUUUGAUUACUCUGCCAUCAUGGCAAGCAAGGCUGCUGCAGCAGGACUGAUACCAGGCAAGGCAGUCAGUGCAGUGGGUGGUCAGCAGAACCCCAGCCUGCCCCAGAUGACCAGUCCCAGUACCACCUUGACCAGCAGGGUGUCCCCAUGGAGCCCCAGUAUGGGCACUGGACAGGAGCUCGGAGCCAGCAGUUUGUUUGUGCUGCCAUCUAUCCAUGAGAACAGCAUGAACAGCCAGAGUAAAGUGUCGCCAGUGGAUAGCUUCUCUCAGCCUACCACACACACUUACGGCCUGGGAGAUGCAGGUUCCAGCUUCCUGCAGCCACCCUCCACCAGCGGCUCCAUGUUUGGAGGCCAGGAGAACAUGACCAUGAUGCAGAGGUUACAGCAAGAAAGGCGCCAGAGACUGGCAGAGUACCAGCAGAAACUGCUGCAAGGUGAAGACUGGCCCGGCUUUGACAUCAACCCAGUGCAGGCAGAGAGUCUCUGGGACAGUACCUGUGCACCCAGUGAGACGUGGUCGCCAUUGGCGGAGACCCCAGCUGGAGAGACCUGGCCCACUGUAGCAGAGUCGCCACCCAGGGUGCAAGCCAGCCUGUGGAGUGACAUCCCCACCACCAUCUCCACCUCUGACACCAGCAGCUGGUCACCACAUUCGGCACCAGGGAUCUGGAGCGGCGCUGCCACCAGUGGCGACACAGGCAGUCCAUCUCUUCUGAAUGGUGCUGGUGGUUCCCUCCUGGGGCCUGCGGGAAGUGGCAGCGCCUCUCUACUGAGUGGCAGUGCCAACUCUCCCCUGUCAGGACUCGGCAGUGUGAACACGACAGCUGCUGAGAAUGAACAAGGGGUACAGGAUGUGGGCAGUUUUGAUCCAUUCAAUACGCUGAGCAGUAUCUGGGCACCAGGGGGCACCAGUGGAUGGAGCUUUGGACCGAACAAGACAGAGGAUGAAUAAAACAUCAACAUGAUGAAAUGAAUGCAAACCUCCAAGGCACAUACUGAUAUGGUUCAAGUGUGUAGAAUAGGGAAAUGAUUUGAAAGAAAUUUGGGUUAAGAUUGAAAACUGGAUUCUGUGACUUUUGUUUGUCACAUGAAUAAUAAGGUGUAAAAUUUCUAGGAUGCUGCUAAUCAACUGUGUAGCAAUUCACUACAAUGAAAAUAUUCAAUAUUAAAAAGAUAAUACCACUAUUUACCACAUUGUUUUUGCCUUGGAGGUUUUGGAUUCAUGAGGGAGAGAGAUUUGAAAAGGAAUAGUAUUGUAAAUUUCACCACAGAAAUAACCUGGGCAUCGUUAGUUAGUUAGUAGCUAGGUUUUGUGCACAUAGCAAUGAUUAACCAAAAGUAAAAUUUCAAUGUUCAGGUUUGAAUUUUCAGUGUAAUGUUAUAUUUUUCUUGUUGUAUUGGUUGAUAGCCAGUUUAUUGCAAUCAAGUAUUCUUAGUUAAGAAGAUAGUAUUUAUUAAGGCGACCAAUAAAGUGGAAGGUUUCAUUGUCUGAUUUAUGGGUUUGCUGAUUUAUGAUAACAAUACCUGUGAGAAGUGGUCUUUUUGUUUGAUGAUUAUGAUAACUGCUUGAAGGGCAAAGGUGGAUGCAUAGUGGAUAGAGAAAAAACUUCUUUCUUUGGUUGAAGUAUGUUAAUCCAUUUGUAGAAGAAGCAAUAUGGUUGCCAAGUUGGACUAGACUGAGGCGAGAAAGACGAGGAAUGUUCUUUCAAUGUACUUAAAUUUCUUUCCGAUGUUGUUGAAUUUUUACCUUUGUAAUUUGGUACUUUAUUAUGGAGUGUGUAAGUUUUGUCAUUAAUUAUAUAGUUUCUAACAAAUUUGUUGUGUUUGGCUUUGCGUUUUGGAUGUGCCACUGUGGCUUCCCUGUGUGGUUUGAUAGGCGUAGGUAAAAUUACCGCCAUUAAUGUAUAGAUGGGUGUUUACCUGUCAUUGUUGCUUUUAUUAUAGUUGAAACUCUUAAAUUGUUAUAAGAAUAUUUGUUAGAUUGUUCAGGUUAUUUCUGUGGUGAUUAUUGUGUUAUGGUUAUUAAGGAAAUCCCUCAGCAGAGCUGAGGGGUUGCGAAGCAGUUUGGCUGCAAGGUAGCGGCUAAGUUCGAACUAAAUACACUGAAGCGAGGACUUUGAUUUUCAGACACCGGAAUUCAUGUUUAGUUGUGGAUGCUUUGCUUGCCUGAGAAAAUUGUUUUAAAAGGGACAAAAUCCCGGAAAAAAGGCAAAAAGAGGUAAUAUUCUUUUUUGAGGUCAUAUUGAUGAAAUAUCGAGGGCCAACAAAAGAUUGAAGAUUGGCGCGUUUACUUUGCUCCUGUUCUUAGGGGUAUUUUAUUGCCAGCUACAGGUGCGGCUGAGUGAUAUUUUAAUUUUUAAAAAAGUGCAGCAAUGCACCAAACUUGAUGCUGUAGUGUCAAGGUCCUAGCAGUGUCCAGUUGGACUGGACAGUGUCCUGGGUGUGUGGACAUGACAUCAAGGUUGUUGGGUUAACUAUUUAAAUGAAAAAUACUUCAUCCCUGAUCCAGUAAUGUGCUGGAACAACUGUAUGACCAUACAAAAUAAAUGUUCAGUUUUAAGCAUA